AUGCUUCGAGCGGCCGCCGCCGAGCGAAACCAGGGCCCGAUUGCUGAAGUACUGAAGCAAUACUUGAAGGGAAAGCUGAAAUUGCUCGAAAUCGCGUCCGGCACCGGCCAACAUCUCGCCCAUUUUGCUGAAGUAUUUCCGGAGGUGGACUUCCAGCCGUCGGAAUGUGAGCCCCGCUCGAUUCACUCGAUCGUCGCCUAUGUGGAUCAUUUGAAGUUGGCCAACUUUCGCGUCCCACUCUUCGUCGACGUGAGCAAGAAACCAGGGCAAUGGGCGCUACCCGACGAUUACGCGCCGCAGAAGGUUGACGUCGUCUACAGCGCCAACAUGAUUCACAUCAGCAGCAACGCGGCGGUCAGCGGGUUAUUUGAGGCAGCCGGAUACCUGCUAAAGCCCGACACCGGCCUGCUGAUCACCUACGGCCCUUAUGCAAAAGACGGCAAGAUCAGUCCACAAAGUAACAUCGACUUUGACGCCAGCUUGAAGGAGCGGAAUGCCGAAUGGGGGCUGCGAGAUAUCAGCUAUUUGAAAAAGGUCGCCGCUGACAAUGGGUUGCAGUUCGAGCACAUGCACGACAUGCCGGCCAACAACAAUAUUUUGGUAUUCAGGAAAAUUAGG